UGCAUUGCAUUGCAGACGCAGGUUGCAUUGCAUUGCAAAUACCGAACAGAUUGCAUUGCCUUGCAAAUACCACCCGGAUUGCAUCGCAUUGCAAACGCAGAUCGCAACGCCUUGCCAAUCCCAUCCACGCCGCGCCGCGUUGCCGCAGCCGGGUGGCUCCCCCUGCCUCUCCUUCCCCCCCCGUAACCCCCGUUUCUCUCCCCCCCUCUUUUGCAGCACCACCCGGGCCCCUGAAUGCGGACGAUGCCCGUUGGCCAUGCCCCCUCCCCCCCUUAGGAUGCCACCUCCGCCGCCUCCGCCGCCUCCGCUGCCGCUGCCGCUUCUUCUUCUUCUCGUCCUUCUCCUACCCGGCCCGGCGGUUCCGGCUUCCGCCCCGACCACGUGCCCGUCCGCUUGCACUUGCAGCAACCAAGCGAGCCGGGUGAUUUGCACGAGACGCGAACUCCAAGAAGUUCCGGGCAGCAUCUCGGUCAACACCCGUUACCUGAACUUGCAAGAGAAUCACAUCCAAGUGAUCCGCACCGACACCUUCAAGCACCUGCGGCACCUGGAGAUCCUGCAGCUCAGCCGCAACCUGGUGCGCCAGGUGGAGGUGGGCGCCUUCAACGGCCUCCCCAACCUCAACACCCUGGAGCUCUUCGACAACCGGCUCACCACCGUCCCCACGCAGGCCUUCGAGUACCUGUCCAAGCUGCGCGAGCUCUGGCUCCGCAACAACCCCAUCGAGAGCAUCCCGUCCUACGCCUUCAACCGGGUGCCCUCCCUCCGCCGCUUGGACCUGGGCGAGCUCAAGAGGUUGGAGUACAUCUCGGAGGCGGCAUUCGAGGGCUUGGUCAACCUCCGCUACCUCAACUUGGGCAUGUGCAACCUGAAGGAGAUCCCCAACCUGACGGCGUUGGUGAGGUUGGAAGAGCUGGAGCUGUCGGGGAACCGCUUGGGCCGGGUGAGGCCGGGUUCUUUCCAAGGCCUCAGCAGCUUGAGGAAGCUUUGGCUCAUGCACGCCCGGGUGGCCGCCGUCGAGCGCAACGCCUUCGACGACCUAAAGGCGUUGGAAGAAUUAAACCUGGCCCACAACGAGCUCAGCUCGCUGCCCCACGACCUCUUCGCCCCUUUGCACCGCCUGGAGCGGGUCCACUUGCACCACAACCCGUGGCGUUGCGAUUGCGACGUGCUCUGGUUGGCUUGGUGGUUGAGGGAAACCGUGCCCAGCAACACCAGCUGCUGCGCCCGCUGCCACGCUCCCCCGCCUUUAAAGGGACGUUACCUGGGCGAGCUGGAACCCGGUCACUUCACCUGUUACGCCCCGGUGAUCGUGGAACCGCCGGCCGACCUCAACGUCACCGAAGGGAUGGCGGCCGAGCUCAAGUGUCGCACGGGGACGGCCAUGACCUCGGUCAACUGGCUGACCCCCAACGGGACGCUGAUGACGCACGGCUCUUACCGGGUGCGCAUCUCGGUGCUGCACGACGGCACGCUCAACUUCACCAACGUCACCGUGCAAGACACGGGCCAGUACACCUGCAUGGUGACCAACGCCGCCGGCAACACCACGGCUUCGGCCACGCUCAA